CUUACUGCAGGAUCCCAUCGCACCCACCAACUCCACCUGCCAGCACUAUGUCUGCAAACCGUGUAAAGGCAAGAGGAUGAUGAUGAAGCCCUCGUGCAGCUGGUGCAAAGACUAUGAGCAGUUUGAGGAGAACAAGCAGUUGAGCAUCCUGGUGAACUGCUACAAAAAACUGUGUGAAUAUAUAACGCAGACUGCACUGGCCCGGGACAUCAUAGAAGCGGUCGACUGCUCUUCCGAUAUUUUGGCUUUGCUUAACGACGGGUCGUUCUUUGGUGAGGAGACAGAAAAGCCCUCCGACUCCUCCUUCACUUUGUGUUUGACACAUUCCCCUUUGCCUUCGACCUCAGAGCCCACGACUGAUCCUCAGGCUGGUUUGUCUCCGAUGUCUGAGAGCACCCUCAGCAUUGCCAUCGGCAGUUCUGUCAUCAAUGGCUUGCCUCCUUACAACGGGCUCUCGAUAGACAGGUUGGGCAUAAAUCUUCCUUCGCCUGAACAUUCAGACACGACUGAUGUGUGCAACACUGUUGACAUAAAAACUGAGGAUCUGUCGGACAGUCUGCCACCCGUGUGUGACACGGUCGCCACUGACUUGUGCUCCACAGGCAUUGAUAUCUGCAGUUUCAGUGAAGAUAUAAAACCGGGCGACUCGCUGUUACUGAGUGUUGAGGAAGUGCUCCGCAGUUUGGAAACUGUUUCAAAUACAGAGGUUUGUUGCCCUAAUUUGCAGCCGAACUUGGAAGCCACUGUAUCUAAUGGCCCUUUUCUGCAGCUUUCGUCCCAGUCUCUUAGCCAUAAUGUUUUUAUGUCCACCAGUCCUGCACUUCAUGGGUUAUCAUGUACAGCAGCAACUCCGAAGGUAGCAAAAUUGAAUAGAAAGCGAUCCAGAUCAGAAAGUGACAGCGAGAAAGUUCAGCCACUUCCCAUUUCUACCAUUAUCCGAGGCCCGACACUGGGAGCUUCUGCUCCUGUGACCGUGAAAAGGGAGAGCAAAAUUUCUCUGCAGCCUAUAGCGACUGUUCCCAAUGGAGGCGCAACACCCAAGAUCAGCAAAACUGUGCUUUUAUCUACUAAAAGCAUGAAGAAGAGUCAUGAACAUGGAUCCAAGAAAUCUCACUCUAAAACCAAGCCAGGUAUUCUAAAAAAAGACAAAGCAGUCAAGGAGAAGAUUCCUAGUCAUCAUUUUAUGCCAGGAAGUCCUACCAAGACUGUGUACAAAAAACCCCAGGAAAAAAAAGGGUGUAAAUGUGGGCGUGCUACUCAAAAUCCAAGUGUUCUUACAUGCCGAGGCCAACGCUGCCCUUGCUACUCUAACCGCAAAGCCUGCUUAGAUUGCAUAUGUCGUGGCUGCCAAAACUCCUAUAUGGCCAACGGGGAGAAGAAGCUGGAGGCGUUUGCUGUGCCAGAAAAGGCCUUGGAGCAGACCAGGCUCACUUUGGGCAUUAACGUGACUAGCAUCGCUGUGCGUAACGCUAGUACCAGCACCAGUGUAAUUAACGUCACAGGGUCCCCAGUAACGACGUUUUUAGCUGCCAGUACACGUGACGAUAAAAGUUUGGAUGAAGCUAUAGACAUGAGAUUCGACUGUUAAGUCAGUGGGUCUUUGAGCCUACCCUGGUAGGAAAU